ACAUACAAAUCACCCAUAUAUUUCCCCUACGUACAUACUUCGAUCACCCACUCACAGCAAAUGCAUCUUUUCUGUCUAUACUGAUUACAACCAACCCAUUCGCUUUUUUGUAUAUUGCUAUUCUGGUUCUCAAUUGUUGUUUCUUAUUACUUAUUGAUAUGGCUCUGCACUUGCCACUGUCCCUCCCAUGAUUCAUCCCACGACCGACAUCCUUAUCUGACUCUCGAACACCUCGCCGCCACGCCGGCAAUACCUGAUUAUUAUUCCCCGAAAACCAAUUGACCAUAUACUCAGUCUGCCACGGACAUGUCGGGCGAACCCGCAUCUGCAGGCGAAGGAAGUCAGAACCGACCUCACCGACUGAGUCUUACGGAGGCAAGCCCCAGCGAGCCAGUCCUGCCUGAAGCCGACCCGAUUGAGAGACCCCAUUCUGCUGGCGAAGUCCCAGAGGUGCAUGCCAGGCGCGGCCGCGUGCGAUUCAACAGCAAGAGCGAGGUUAAUGAUUUGAGAAACUCGCGGGUAAUAUUUCCGUUGCGAGACUCAGCGAUAGACGAUACGAGAUUGCAACUCCCUGCACAUACACGAAAAAGCUCGAGAAGCACGGGAAAGGAUAUUGAAGUGCCGAAGAAGCGUGUUGCUGACAAUGAGAAUCCGUUCUCGGACGCCUCCGCCGUCGAGGUGGUUUCCCCGGCCCCGAGGAAGCCAAGGCCCUCGGUUCUGAGAAAUAACUCGGCCUCGUCAUUUACAGAAGAUAUGAUGAUAGCCGAUGAUGGAUAUACGGAACCGACCUCGGAGAAGGCGUUUUCGGCCAAAGCUGCUCAAGAGAGGGCGAAAAGAGUUGCCUCGCUCGUUGGCCACUCCGCCUCGUCAUCAAGAAGCCUCUCCGCGGAAGGGUUCCGAUCCUAUCCCCCAUCUCCCCUACCCAGAAAAGGCAAGCAAGACGACAUUCCGUUGAUGGACAUGGACAAAUAUGGGUAUAACGAUGGGGGGUUGGACAGUGACGAAGACGAGGACGAAGAAUCCAAGGAGAGGAGGGCAAACGCCAGCACUUCCGAGGCACACAAACUCGUGCGGACGCUUACUGGAAGGCCGACGUCUGGCCACGUGAGAGUGUUAAGCACCGACUCGACAGCGUUGGAGUCUGGCCAGUUGACGCCAACUCACGAGCAGGAUUAUACGGAGGAUUAUGUGGCACGUCCGGACCAGUACCGGAACGGAGUUCUCUCUUCGUUGUUGAAGCUAUACAAUCCGCAGGACGGAGCAGCGAACAAACAAAGGACGAGCAGCACCGGGUCGUAUGGUGCUCGAAGUGGUUUCUCGACGCCUGGGUCGUCGGGCGCUACGACCCCGAAGCAGAAGAAUGCAAAGUGGUACAAUCAGAAGAACCAAUCCCGCGAGACGCUGGCUGGACUCGUGGAAGCGUCUUCGAAGCUGGCAGCUUAUGGUGGGAAUACCCCGACUGGGCAAAGCAGCAAGCGCCCUCCGAUGCAUGGUCGGACACAUAGUGGGGGAUUCACGCAGGCCUUUCACAGAAUCAGCAGGCCGCGGCUGGAAGACGAGAUCAAGAUUACCGUUCACAUCGCCGAAACGUUGCAAAGGCAGAAAUACCUCGUCAGGCUCUGUCGGGCGUUGAUGGCGUACGGCGCGCCGACACAUCGACUGGAGGAGUAUAUGAGAAUGACUGCGAGAGUGUUGGAGCUGGAUGGCCAGUUUCUGUAUAUUCCUGGGUGCAUGCUUGUUUCGUUUGAUGAUGCGUCGACGCACACAACCGAGGUCAAGCUUGUCCGCACCCACCAAGGGGUGAAUCUGGGAAAGCUGAAGGACGUCCACGAGAUUUACAAAGAGGUCGUCCAUGACGUGAUUGGAGUCGAGGAGGCAACGCAUAGGCUGGAUUCCAUCAUCCGCGAGAAGCCCAAGCACAACAGGUGGUUACUGGUGUUCGUGUAUGGCCUGGCGAGUGUCUGCGUUGGCCCGUUUGCGUUCGAAGCCAACUUCAUCGACCUACCCAUCUCCUUCAUCCUGGGGUGCGUGCUCGGAUUUCUCCAGCUCAUCGUCGCGCCAAAGUCAGAUCUGUAUGCGAAUGUGUUCGAAAUCAGUGCAGCAGUCGUCACCUCGUUUCUGGCACGUGGGUUUGGAAGCAUCCCAUAUAAUGGGGGACGGCUGUUUUGCUUUUCGGCGCUGGCCCAGUCGUCGAUUGCGUUGAUCCUUCCGGGAUAUAUCAUUCUAUGUGGAUCGCUUGAACUUCAGUCAAAGUCGAUAGUGGCUGGCUCUGUUCGCAUGGUCUACGCCGUCAUAUACUCGCUCUUCCUUGGAUUCGGCAUCACCAUUGGGACGGCCAUGUAUGGACUGAUGGACAGCAACGCCACGUCGGCAACAUCCUGCGCCAGGCCGAUGAAUCAAUACGCCCGCUUUGCAUUUGUACCUCUAUUUACGAUGUGCUUGUGUAUCAUCAACCAGGCCAAGUGGAAGCAGACUCCCGUGAUGCUUCUCAUAUCAUGCAGCGGCUAUGUGGUCAACUUCUUCACGUCGAAGCGUUUUGCAUCGAAUGCACAGUUGUCACAGACCCUGGGAGCAUUGGUUAUUGGAGUGAUGGGAAAUUUGUACAGUCGACUUCGCCAUGGAGUCGCCGCAGCCGCAUUACUGCCGGCGAUAUUCGUACAGGUCCCCUCGGGUCUUGCAGCGAGCGGCAGUCUUCUGGCAGGACUUACCAGCGCGGACGGCAUCACGAACACGACGAAUAAGACGAUCCCUGUAAGCAAAUUUUUGCAGCUUCUCCCCGCUGAUUAUAGAGCCGCGAAUGGAGACGGUGGCGGGAAGACUACUAUUUCGUUCUUGAUUGGUCGGACAGGAAAAGACGGAGCUCAACUCGAUCGUGUUUAAUGUUGGAUACUCGAUGAUACAGGUUGCGAUUGGGAUUACGGUUGGGCUGUUCCUGAGUGCGUUGAUUGUGUAUCCAUUUGGGAAGCGAAGGUCGGGGUUGUUUAGCUUUUGAGCGGGCAUGGAUGGCGUUUUGGAUGUAGAUACUGUACAGGCGCUGGAGCCAUUCAUUAAUUCAAACAUUGUGCAGCGUCGCUACCGAUUUGACCACGCAG